GUUGAUUUGAUCUAAUUAAAAACUAGGGAGGUACUAAUUUAAUCGCGCGUCUUCUCCUUUGGUUCUUAGUUCUCUCCAAGUCCAACUGUUGGCUAUGGAGAAGGAAUCUGAGAAGAUCCGUCACCAGCCCCGAGUGGGUCUUGUCUACGAUGAGAGAAUGUGUAAGCAUUCAACCCCAGACGGAGAGGAUCAUCCUGAGAAUCCUCGUCGAAUCAAGGCGAUAUGGGAAAAACUUCAAUUUGCGGGAAUUCCUCAGAGAUGUGUGGUUUUGAGUGCUAAAGAAGCAGAGGACAGGUAUAUAGCAUCAGUUCAUACGCAGAACCAUAUCAAUUUGAUAAGGAAUGUCAGCUCAAAAGAUUUUGAUUCACGGAGGAAUAGGAUUGCUUCGAAACUAAAUUCCAUCUUUCUAAAUGAGGGUUCAUCUGAAUCUGCGUCCCUUGCUGCUGGCUCUGUCACAGAGGUGUCAGAGAAGGUCGCUAAAGGGGAGCUGAGUUCUGCUGUUGCCAUUGUAAGACCUCCUGGACAUCAUGCAGAGCCAGAUGAAGCAAUGGGGUUCUGUCUGUACAACAAUGUUGCAAUCGCGGCGAGUUAUAUCCUGAAUGAAAGACCUGAAUUAGGUAUUCAUAAAAUUCUUAUUGUGGAUUGGGAUGUCCAUCAUGGAAAUGGCACCCAGAAAAUGUUUUGGAAGGACCCUCGGGUGCUGUUUUUCUCUGUUCAUAGGUAUGUUAGAAUUUCAAUCUCUUGACCUUCCCAUCUCCAGUGCCCCCCCUUUGAUUUUCUUGUGCA